AGAGUCAGAGGGAGGGAAGAGAGAGAGAGAGAGCGAGAGAGAGGGAAGGAGAGUCAGGGACAGGCAGUGCUGUAAAGAGAGCACAAAGAGAAGGAAAGUGGAGCAGGGGAGGGGAACAGGAGGCUGGUGGUGAAGGGAGAGGGAAAGACAAAAGAAGGAGAGGGGAGACAUAGCAGGGUGAACGGAGGGGACUGAGCAAAUGGCUACGGAGGAGACGGCGGGGGGAGCCAGGAAAGCCACCAAGAGCAAACUGUUUGAGUUCCUGGUCCAUGGAGUGCGUCCUGGCAUGCCGUCUGGAGCGAGGAUGCCCCACCAGGGAGCUCCCAUGGGCCCCCCCGGCCCACCGUACGGAGGGAGCCCGGCGGUGCGGCCCGGCCUGCCCACCCCGGUGAUGGAGCCCAGUCGUAAGAGGCCUGCCCCCUCCCAGCAGGUCCAGCAGCAGCAGCAGCAGCAGGCCGUCCAGGGCCGGACCAGAAAGAAGCCAGUCGGAUUCCCCGGAGCCAAUGAGAUCCCGACGAGGCAGAUGGACAUGAGAGAGCCACAAUCAGAUCCCACGCUCGGAUCAAAUGCUAAGAGAAGGAAAAUGGCAGACAAGAUUCUUCCGCAAAGGAUCCGUGAGCUGGUCCCUGAGUCUCAGGCCUACAUGGAUCUGCUGGCGUUUGAGCGCAAACUGGACCAGACCAUCAUGCGCAAACGUGUGGACAUCCAGGAAGCUCUGAAGAGACCAAUGAAGCAGCAGAAGCGUAAACUGAGGCUUUACAUAUCCAACACCUUCAACCCUGCCAGACCCGACGCUGAUGACUCAGAUGGCAGCAUUGCAUCGUGGGAACUGCGAGUAGAGGGAAAGUUGCUGGAUGACCCAGGGAAGCAGAAGAAGAAGUUCUCUUCGUUUUUUAAGAGCCUGGUGAUCGAGCUGGACAAAGACCUCUAUGGUCCUGACAACCACCUGGUUGAGUCAAUGUAUGGUGGUUUGCUCUUACAGUGGCACCGCACGGCCACCACUCAGGAGACGGACGGCUUCCAGGUGAAAAGGCCGGGAGACGUGAGCGUGCGCUGCACUCUGCUGCUGAUGCUUGACUACCAGCCUCCCCAGUUUAAGCUGGACCCUCGGCUGGCUCGCCUGCUUGGUAUUCACACUCAGACUCGCUCCUGCAUCAUCCAGGCCCUCUGGCAGUACGUCAAGACCAACAAGCUGCAGGACUCUCAUGACAAGGAAUACAUCAACUGUGACAAGUACUUCCAACAGAUCUUUGAUUGCCCUCGGCUGAAGUUCUCCGAGAUCCCUCAGCGUCUCACUAACCUCCUCUUACCCCCCGACCCCAUCGUCAUCAACCAUGUCAUCAGCGUGGAUCCAAACGACCAGAAGAAGACGGCCUGCUACGACAUUGAUGUGGAGGUGGAAGACCCCCUGAAGGGUCAGAUGAGCAGCUUCCUCCUCUCCACCGCCAACCAGCAGGAGAUCGCCUCACUCGACAACAAGAUCCAUGAGACCAUCGAGUCAAUCAACCAGCUGAAGAUCCAGAGGGACUUCAUGCUCAGUUUCUCCAGAGAUCCCAAGGGCUACAUCCAGGACUGGCUCAAAUCACAGAGCCGAGACCUUAAGUUAAUGACAGACGUGGUGGGGAACCCUGAAGAAGAGAGAAUGGCGGAGUUUUACCACGAGCCCUGGUCCCAGGAGGCUGUCAGCCGCUAUUUCUACUGCAAGAUCCAGCAGAGGAGACAGGAGCUGGAACAGGCCUUAGCUGUCCGCAACACCUAAACCCUGAGGCAUCUGAAUUUCAGAGCUGUGUGUGUGUGUGUGUGUGUGUGUGUGUGUGUGUGUUUUGGAUGUGUGUGAGGCCAUCGCUGUAGUCCGGUGAAAACGUAUAACUCUUAAAAUGUUGGUAACUUAAAAAAAAAGUCGUAAACGAAAAUGGAAUCGCAGAGGUUUUUUCAAAGUCGAAGGUUUUUUCUCACGACAGGAGCGACGUGAGCACGUAUGGAAGCCCAGAUCUCGACGCACGUACUGCAUAUUUUUCCUGUUUUGUGCAGCACUGUGAAGACAUCAUCAUUAACCGCAUGUGUUCAGCUUGCACCCUCAGAGGUCAAGCCCCUCAAGCAUCCCUGCCUCAUAAACACAACAUCCUCUACAUUGUGCUCUCCGCUUCUGUAAAUACAUCACAAACACGUCGAGACAAACUCUGAAGCGGCCGCUCACACACACACACACACACACACACACACACACACACGCGCGCGCGCGCCGCUUGUGUUUUUGCAUUCGAAAGAGUUUGCCGCUGUGUCCGAUAUGAAGCGUACACACGACGUCUUCACAGCGCUCCGGAUGAGUCUUCACAUUUGAUGUUUCUGAAGCUGAUUUAUUGCGUGAUUGUAAGUGGGACUGCGUGUGUUUCUUUGUUUUGUUCUCAUUAGGAGAGCGAAGAUUUGAUUUAUUACACCAGCAAAGUCGAGAUUACAGUGUGACGCAUUGGGUUGCAGGGAAUCAAUUCUAUCUAUAAACCUGAGGCGUGGAUUUAAUUCAUUUUCAGGUUUAAGUUACUCAUAUGUGUCUCAUUUUAGUUUUAUCCGCCAGUAAUUACAGUAAUUCCCACAACAGUAUUAGAUGAAGUAUUAUCAUAAUGAAGGAGAAACAAGUAUUGAUCAUCAUUAAAAUAGCUUUUUUUUUCUUCCCUUAAUCAAACUGACAAAUAUGCCUAUACACGUUGGGACUUGUCGACUGAUUUGAUUGGUCAAAAGUCGCUCACUGCCUCUUCCUUGUGUAGUAUUUUGCCAGUACAUGUCCUGAAGGUGUUACCAAAGGUUGCGACAAGAAGAAGAGAACACGAUCACUGAAAUAGAAGUGGGCAACACUCCUCACCUGGGUUUAAACAGAAAUUGCAAAACAUUUCCUUGUAAGGUGGUCAUAAAAUAAGGAUUUAGUCCCAAAUGUUUUCUUUUGGAGCCAAUUAGGCCUCAGGUUUUUGUAAACAACCCCUACAACUGUUAUUGUAAUGAACACUUAAACCCAGGUCUUGGAGGAUUUUGUCCAUUUCUACACUUUUUUUUUAUGUUACAUGAAGAAGAAAAACAUUUUUCUUUUUCUUUUAGAGAUGUGAAUGUAAAUAUGUUUUUUUCCCCCUAACAGGGCCGACUGUACAGUAUCCGACAGACUAUUUGUGUGUUUGUUUUGGGUUGGAUUUGGGGGAGUGGGGGGGGCUGAGUUACAUGGUGCAUUAUGGGAGCUCCAUGCGUUUUGAAUUAGUAGGGCAGGAAUGUUAGUGUUCCUCUGUGUACUAUCUUGGGUUGGGGUGAUUUAUUUUGGGUUUAUCCCGUAACUAUCGUGGGAGCUAGAAGCUGCAACAAAGAAAGACCUCCCUCUCUUUUCAAUCUCAGUAGCUGUAACAUGAUAUAAUCUGCACCGAUCUCCUUUUACACUUUUUUUAAUGACACUUGACUUGUAUGUAUAUGUUGUAAUGUCAGAUGGAGGGUUUUUCUUCUCUCUCAGCAGUCAGUUUCUAGCUGGAACCUUUUUCUAGGUUUCUUUGCACUGUGCUGUAACUCUUUUUUGUCGGGACUCUCUUCUCGUCAUGGGUGAGACCCAUCUUUAUAAUCCCAGCAUACACGAAAAGUGAUUGGAUGAUUUCACGAUGACCUAUGCAUGCUCCAUGGACAUUAUUAAUACAUCUGAUGAGAUAGUAUGUGUACAUAUAAAAAGCUGGCAGUCUGUGUGACAAGCAAAAGACUUAAAUGCCUUGUGGAAACUCUUUUGCCAAAAAUGAUAUGCCCUACCAGCAACUAACUGUAGGUGUGAUUUUUUUCUGAACUGUGUUUUUGUUACUAGGACUAAGUUAUAUUAACUGCACUCAUUAGAGGAGAAACAGUAGUCAUUUGUAGUAUCUUAGUCCUGACCAGGGGUGAUUUGUCUUCGUAUGGCCAGGGCAUUCACAUUGUUGUCAUACAGUCACUGAUUCACUUGCACCCUCUUGUGGAGGAAACUAGCUGCCGCUCCCCAGCUUUGAGCGCCACAGCAUCAGAAUACCCCGACAGAAAUGUUAACACAACUAUCUUCUGUUGCCCAGCCCUGACAUACUUGUUGACAUGCGUGUCCCACUCCCUGCAUGUGUUUGUGAAGAGCGGGAAGUGCUCUUUGUCUCCGUUUACACUGUUGUCAGAGCGUCACCAACAGGGAGAUACUAGUAUACACACGACACUGUAUAUCUGUAAUGAGCAAAAACUUGUUUGGUGGUUCUACAAAAUAAAAAAACAAGAAAUAAAUAAAGGGAAAACAGCUGUGACAUUGCAAGACAGCCUGGAUGUAAAUAAAGAAGCGCUUGCCAAAGUUUGUAAAUGCCAUGAUA